AUAAAAGCAAUUUAGUAAUAUUUCAAUAUAUAUAUAUACAUAUAUAAAUAGUACUAUAUAUACUACACUAUACUAUUAUACUUGAUAUUAAAUAUCAAGGAAUCCUUUUUAACAUAUUGAAAGUCAAGCUUUAUAAUGCAAUAAAAAUCACAUGAUGUCUCUUCUUUAGCCUAAACAACAAUCCGCCAGCAGUAAUCUCCCGUAUGCUUUAUACUUAAUUAUCAGGAUUAACCCAUGCCUUUUUUUAUGUGUAAGAAAUGCUAAUCAGAUUCAAUGAAUAUGAGCUCCACCCAGUUUCAUUCUGACAUAAAAUACUGAGGCACAGUAGAAACCUUCCAGAUUAACACCAGACAGCAUUCGCAAGCUGAACUCGACUGCAGGAGUAAAGCUUCCAUUCGCCUUCAAUAUUAUCUGAGGUUUAUGCAGGUAUACAGAAAUAAACCACAUUGCAGUUACUUCUAUGGAACAGAAUCUUCUUUUCAAAAAAUAUUUUAUAAUGGGAAAUUACGUUCUGACUUUUGUUUGUUUGCAUAAAAUAAAAAUCUUCUAUUUUUCUUUCAUUUCAGAUACUUUUCGUCAACAUCGAAGGUCUUCAAUCACAAUGAAUGACAGUGACUUUGUGGAGGCACAGGAUGUGCCAAGAGAUGAGAGUCUGGCCAAGGUGGAGAUCGCGCUGCUCAGUGUCAUCUUCGUGAGCGCCGCCGUCCUCAACACCAGCCUGCUGCUCGUCCUGUGGAAACAGCGCAAACAGAUGUCCAGAAUGCGCGUCUUCGUGUUCCACCUGUGCCUGGCGGACCUGGUCGUCACUUUCUUCCAGGUGUGUCCGCAGCUUUUGUGGGACAUCACAGACAGGUUCGUCGGACCGGACUUGGUGUGCCGACUUGUGAAGUACUUGCAAGUUCUCGGCAUGUUUUCUUCGACCUACAUGAUCGUGGUGAUGACAGUUGACAGGUACCAAGCUAUCUGCAACCCGAUGGUAAAGUUUCAGCGGACACGCACGAGACUAAAUGUCCCCGUGUGCGUCGCGUGGGGGAUUUCUCUGCUGGGCAGCUUGCCUCAGGUCUUCAUUUUCUCACAGGUAGAGGUUACACCGGGUGUGUUUGACUGCUGGGCUACAUUUAUCCAGCCAUGGGGGCUGCAGACUUACAUCACCUGGACCACGCUGGUCAUUUUUGUUUUACCCGUUAUCACAGUUGUUGUUUGCCAAGUGCGCAUCUGCCGAGCCAUCCAGAUCAACAUCUACCAAAAGACUCAGCAGAAGGGAAGGGUGGGUUUGCCAUCCAGAGCCAGCGGUGUUGCCGGCAUGUCCAAGGCUAGAGUGAAAACACUGAAGAUGACGGUGGUCAUAGUACUCGCUUAUAUAGUCUGCUGGGCUCCGUUUUUCACUGUCCAGUUGUGGUCCGCGUGGGAUAAGCAGGCGCCUACAGAAACUGCCACUUUCACCAUCCUGAUGUUGCUUGCCAGCCUGAACAGCUGCGCGAAUCCCUGCAUUUACCUUCUGUUCAGCGGUCAGGUUCCCAAGAGGCUGUUGUCGCUCCUGUGCAGGAGGCAUUCAGGAGGAAAGGACUCAGUGCACGAGGAGGCGACGCUGGUCAGCACUUUGUAUCUAAGCUUAAAAAAUCCCCCCGAGUCAAAGUGAAGCGCAUUACUAAAAAUGGGAAACUCCUGCAAGGCAAACCGUGCAAAGUCUGCGCUCCUGGAUAUGCUGCCUCUCUGAGCCACCGUUUCAAAGGAUGAAGGCAACGCAUGCUGUAUGUUAUCUGGCACAUAAAAAGAUAUAGAGUGUAGUAAAAAGCAUCCAGCAAAGGCGAGAGACUAAGAACAGAGCUCCAGAUGCUAUUGGAUAACAGCAUCUGGAGAGACUAAACAACUGGUGUGGAUCAUCAAGCUGUUUGGAUAAAUCUUUUUUCUUUGAGAUAUAAAAUAUUCAUCCCAUUUAGUGGUACCUGAAUGAGCCAAUCUUUUCAGCCAGAUUGGGUUCAGCUGUAUAGUGUUUUGCAUACUGCCGUAUAUAGAAACAUUCCUUGAGUUGAUCUCACCGAACUAAAGUAAAUAAAAUCUAUUCAUAGCUUUCCAAACAAAAGAUUAAAAGCAAGCAUAUGUGUUUCACUGAUGUAACAGAGAGGAAACAGAGGCACGCUGUAUGUUGGAACAAACUGUAUUUAAAGAUUGUGAAAUAUGUUUGUCAGCCCUUUAAAUGUUUCUAUGGUGAAAACCUACUCACUGUUCACAAAAUCACACGCCAGGUGCUUGUAUUUUGUAAAAUACUGUUCAUGCCAUGAUCGACUUUGUUUAUUUAUGGAAUAAAAUGUU